UGAAAUACAAAAGAUAAAAUAGAGAGAGAAAAAAAUGGGAGUAGUGAUAAUCGAUGGAUCAACAAUUAGGUCUUUCGUGGAAGACGAAGAUGAAUUCACCAAAAGCAUAAACGAAUCGUUUAAAGCACUAGAUAUCAAUUCAGACGGCGUUCUUUCUAGGUCAGAAUUGAGGAAAUCAUUUGAAUCUAUGCGUUUACUAGAAACCCACUUUGGAGUCGACAUCUCUACUCCACCUGAAGAACUUACAAAGCUAUAUGAUUCCAUUUUUGAAAAGUUCGAUUUCGAUCACAACGGAACUGUGGAUCUAGAUGAGUUUAAGAACGAGAUGAAAAUGAUUCUAUUAGCUAUAGCUGAUGGUCUUGGAUCUUCUCCAAUUCAGAUGGCUUUGGAAGAUGAUGAACAGAGUUUCCUCAAACAUGCUGCGGAUCUUGAAGCAUCGAAGUUUUCAUCAUCAUCAUGAUUGAACUGAUUUUAUGAGGUUUGUGUUAAUUAUAGUUUUAAAUAAAGAGAAUUUGUUUGAUUCUCA